UGAGUAAACCAUGAAGCCUUCUGGUAAGCGUACCAGCCAACACAGGGAUCAUGACAGAGAAGACAGGGAUCAAAAGCGGAGGCCGUCUCACACUCAGGAAACCUCCGGUACGGACGAAUUGGUUGUUUACCGGAUACUUUGUCCAGACAAAGUGAUUGGUAGUGUAAUUGGCAAGGGUGGCAAGGUGAUAAAUUCCAUCCGGCAACAGACGAAUGCCAAAGUCAAGAUUGUCGACCCAUACCCUGGUGCUGACAAAAGGGUUAUUUUGGUAUAUUGUUAUGUCAAGCAUAGAGACGUCAUGAUUAGCGACAUAGAUGCUGCUGCUGAUGAUGAUAGGGAGCCUGUUUGCGCAGCACAAAGUGCAUUACUCAAGGUGCAUGAUGCAAUUGUUGAUGCUCUGGCAAUCACUAGUGACUCUGAUGAUAAAGAAGCCAACAUUCUUGUACCAGCUAGUCAAGCUGCAAGUGUUAUUGGAAAAUCUGGUUCUGUCAUCAAGAGGCUUCGCUCAGUUUCAAAAUCAUUCAUUAAAGUUAAACCAAAAGAUCCAAGUGAUGUUACACACUCAUGUGCUAUGAGUUUUGAUAAUUUCGUUCAGAUAACUGGGGACGCUAGAGCUGUCAAGAAGGCAUUGUUUGCAGUAUCAACAAUUAUCUACAAAUGUCCAUCAAAAGAGAACAUUUCUCUUGAAACAUCUAUUGACGAACUUCCUCCAACCAUUAUACUUCCUUCAGAGCUUCCAGUUUAUCCGGCUAGCAGCUUAUACUCAGUGUCAGAUGCUUCUGUGUCAUCUGGGCAUCCAAGUCUGUCUAUCUUAGGGGCAAGAAGUCGUGGUUCUCAUGUUCCUGAAUUUACUGUACCCACUGAUGCCCAUGGUGGAUUGCCCAUUUAUCAGUCUAUGGUCCCAGCUAUUCCUACUUAUAACACCCCCAAAUGUUCAGGAGAGCUAUUGGUGCGUGUUGUAUGCCCUGGUGACAAGAUUGGGUUAGUUAUUGGUAAAGGUGGGAUGACCAUAAAGAAUAUAAGGAAAGAAAGUGGUGCAAGCGUAGAUGUUGAUGACGCAAAGAAUGACAAGGAGGAAAGCAUAAUCACCAUUUCGUCAACUGAGGCCACCAAUGAUGUUAAGUCUGCAGCAGUGGAAGCUGUUCUUCUGCUUCAAGCAAAGAUCAACGAUGAAACUGAAGAUAGAAUGCAUCUCCGCCUUCUUGUUCCGGGUAAUGUCAUUGGCUGCCUUAUCGGCAAGGGUGGUUCAAUCAUUAAUGAUAUGCGGAAUAAGUCUAAGGCAAUUAUCCACAUAUCCAAGGGUACUAAGCCCCGGAAGGCAUCUUCCAAUGAUGAGCUUGUCGAGGUGUUCGGGGAAGUGGACAAACUGCGUGAUGCUCUUGUUCAGAUCGUUCUAAGGCUCCGGGAAGAAGUUCUGAAGGACAGUGUGGGGAGGCAAAAUUCUGGCAAGGAUGGGAAGCUAACUGUUGCCACCACUGAACCCGUGUAUUCAAGCAGCUUUCCGAUGCCAGCAUUAUUACCUUACAGUCAACAAAUCACCCCAUUGCGCCAUGAACAAAGGGGUGAAGCUGAGCGUGGUUCGAAUGUAUUUCCUCGUAGCAGCUUGUAUCAUGGAUACAGCCCCAGGCAGGCUGUAGAUGAUGGAUUUGGAGUACGCUCCUCAUACACUUCAAAGCCUUAUGGAAGACGCGUCCCGGAUAUGGAAAUGUUUAUUCCUUCUAGCGGCCUUUCAAAAGUAAUGGGGAAGCAUGGUACAAACUUGGACAACAUUAGAAAGAUUUCUGGAGCUGACAUUGAAAUUAUUGAAUCAAAAUCAUCUCGUCAUGAGCAUGUUGCUAACAUAUUUGGCACCCCGGAGCAGAGGCAGUCGGCAGAGAAUUUGAUCAAAGCUUUCAUAAUGUCUACUUAAGGAGGUUCCUGCUGUAGUUUGAAAGGAUAUAUGUGGACCCUUCAGUCAGCUCUAUCGGACUUCUCUUGUCAUCCCGUAGAUCAAAAACGGUGUUCUCCAUCCCUUCAACUCUCCAAUAAACCUCAUGCUUGUCUAUCUUCCUCAGACUCCCAACCAUGGCUAUACUUGUGUGGACUUGUCCGUGUUUAAUCGCAUGUUCAGAUAUUCCCGUCUAA